AUGGCGGCUAACUUUGAUCUUGUUUGGCUGGACGACGAUAAUGAUUCAAUGAGUAGCGAAGGCGACACUGAUCUUCUGGCUGCAAUUAGCUUGUUAGAUACAUGCACAGGUACCGAUGAACCGGUAAUAGACACUUCUGAACAAGUUGAGUCGUUGCAAAUACCAUCUGAAUCUGACAGCACCACUGUCACAGCAGACGACACAUGUGCCGAGCCCGAGGUCAGCCAGAAGACUGCACGCUUUCCACACAUGGAUGAGGACGAGCUGGACAAUCUAGUUGCCCAAAGUGCGAGCAAGCACACGGAUAAAAUGACGAAAUGGGGUGUUAAUACCUUCAAAUGUAGAAAUGAUUCUCAUCAGACACCCCGACCACCGACUCGACCGACAAUCACUGACGUACAGACAGACCCACUAAAUGAGACAUCCCAACCACCGACUCGACCGACAAUCACUGACGUACAGACAGACCCACUAAAUGAGAAAUCCCAACCACCGACUCGACCAACAAUCACUGACGCACAGACGGACCCACUUACUGAGACAUCCCGACCACCGACUCGACCGACAAUCACUGACGUACAGACGGACCCACUUAAUGAGACAUCCCGACCACCGACUCGACCAACAAUCACUGACGUACAUACGGACCCACUUAAUGAAACAUCCCAACCACCGACUCGACCGACAAUCACUGACGUACAGACAGACCAGGAACUAUUUAUUUGA